CGAACACUCUCGUGCAAAUUGAAGCCGGAGGAAACAAAGUUGAUCGAAGUGGAGAAAGUCGAUAUAUAAGAAGUCAGUCAUUUGUGUGAAUGCAGGUGUGGGACAUUCCAAAUGUUCACAAAGUGAGCACUCCACGAAUGGACAACAGUUUGCCAGGGAUGGAGCACCAACCCCAUUCCAGGAAGAGGUCCAGUCUGCCCCGGGUCAGAACCACUUCUAUAGCAACUACACAACUGUGUAUCAUUAUUGAUAGCCAGUCUGAGCCAGAAGACGAAAUGGAGCAAACUGCAGAGCAAAGCACAGAAUACCUGACUGCGGAGGACAUUGUUGCAGAACUCUCUGCAAAAAUAACAAAUACAUCUUGCAGCAGGUUCAAUAUGAAUAGAGCCAAUGUGUGGGAUGGAGCAAUCCGCGGCUUCAAAGGUGCCUCAUUCGACCCCUCUCAUGAGACGUUAGUUAAGUUCACUGAUGAUGAGGGACACACUGAGGAUGGAGGGGACACUGGUGGUCCCAAGCGUGAGUUCCUGACCCUCCUUAUGGAAUGCCUGAGAAUGAAGAAAACAUCACGUCAGCAACUGUUUGUGCCCCAUGGUGGGUGUAGUUCUGAAGGGGAGCACCAGAACGCAGCUCCGCUCCGGCACUUCACAAACUUGCAGUACUCAUAA